UAUCACCUUAUAAUUAACUUAGACGCAUACUAUUUUCAUUUCAUUGCGUGAUUUCCAAUGUAUAAGAUGGAAUAUUCCUACCUGAACUCCUCUGCUUACGAGUCUUGCAUGGCUGGGAUGGACACUUCCAGUCUCGCAUCGGCUUAUGCGGACUUCAGCUCCUGCAGCCAAACCGGUGGCUUUCAGUACAACCCUAUCCGGACUACCUUCGGGGCAACGGCUGGGUGUCCCUCACUGACACCCGGCACCUGCAGCCUAGGCCCGUUACGAGACCACCAGACCAGCGCAUACUCUGCAGUUCCAUACAAGCUGUUCACGGACCAUGGCGGUUUGCAUGAGAAGAGGAAACAGAGGCGCAUAAGAACCACUUUCACCAGCGGGCAACUAAAAGAGCUGGAGCGAAUCUUCGCCGAGACGCACUACCCAGACAUCUAUACGCGGGAAGAGCUGGCUCUCAAAAUAGAUUUGACUGAAGCUCGUGUGCAGGUGUGGUUCCAAAAUAGGCGUGCAAAAUUUCGCAAGACAGAGCGCGCAGCAUCUGUUGCUGCAUCUCCCGCUAAGAAUGGAUCUUCUGGGAAGAAGCACGAGGAAGACAACAAAGAAUCAAAAGUCGCUGAUCCGGAUAGCACAGGAGGGCCCGGGCCAAACCCAAAUCCCACCUCCACCUGUGGUGGACUCAGCCCUUCCUCAGGGGUAGCAACAGGGACCGGACACAUAGAGUCUGUCAAGAUGUCGCCAAGUGGAAACCUCGGAGGUGCCACGUCCAGUCCUGGGUGGGCGUCGCCUUCAAGCGCAAUAUCAAACUUACCGAACUCUCUGGGCGGACCGUUCGCCACCGUGCUCUCUGCCUUGCAAAGACAGAACGGUAACAAGGCAGGACUGGUAAAGACCAGCAUGUUCUGAUGCCUUAAAUGUACCUGUGGAGAGCUUGUGGAAGAGCAUUUGUCAGAGGGAAUAUACAUUUCAUGCAAAAUGAAGAAAAUCUACUAGGACUUGCGGAUCAUUAAUUUUACGCACGGAUAGAUAAACAUGUCGUGUUCAUUAUUGAUUUUCGACAAACGGUAGGCUAGACGUCGCCGGACGCACACAGUGUGUGUGUGUAUGUGUGUGUGUUGAACAUUAAGUUUCCAGCACUUUUCGUUUGGGGGAUUCUCCAUGUGUCGCCUUACACUUCUCUAACACUGCUCUAGUGCCUAAUGUGAGAGACUGUUAGCAAUGUUAUCAAGUAGUCAGAUUUGUAAUGUGCCCAUUUUUACUGCAAGACUGGUACUGAUAAGCCCAUGCCCUAAAACUGUAUUGCAGAUGGGCUUCGAUAUUCAGCUCUGAUUCUGUCCUACUCUCCAAAUCUAGGCACAAAUGUAAUAUUUAUGUACCGUGUGUGCUGUGCGCUCCGCAUAUUUCUUUAUAACCUACGUGUGCAGAGGGACGAUUGUAAUGACGUUGGGGAGACCAGGUACAGUUGUAACACGGGACAGUUGUAACUUGCUUGAUUUCUCAUGUCUAACGUAAAGCGAUGAAACUCACAGACAACAUGUGUGAUGGCAUCAGCAUGUUACGCUCAGAAUUUCAUUUUAUGUCUCAAUCUCUGUUAUAGACAGAAGUAGUUUUGUGGGGCACAUUUGUAACCUUUAAGUUUUGUGCAAGAUUUUGUCUGAACAAUUAAUGCGUUUUGACCGGAAAACAACUAUACGGGUGGUUGUGAUCAGUGAUAUCCUAACUAGAUGCUCGUAUAAUUAUUAGCAGCAUACAAUGUGUUAUAUUACAAUUACCUAAUCGAAUAUUAGGAGA